AUGAACUCAGGAAAGUACGUAGAGUCAAUAGAAAAGAUUGAACUGUUGUUAAAGUCACUAAGAAGUGUGCUAAACGGGAUAAAGAACGGUGCUGUUAAUCAGAAAGACAUCGAUAACAUAAAAGAAAGCCUAUUUGCGAUAAAAGCCAAUGCAAGAUCAUGUCUGUAA